AUGGCUACUAACACAGAAAGUGAAAUCGCCACGUUUCUCAAUGUUGAAAGAAGCAAUGUGGAAUCACUCGCACAAGAAUUAAAGGAUGCGAUACUUUCCAAAGCUGAGGAAUUUGCUCAAUUGCAAUCCGAUAACCUUAGGACAAAUGUACUGUUGGAAGAGACGAAAGCCAAUUUGUCUAGCAAAUACGAAAAGCUAAAGGAAGAACUAGAUUAUGUAGUUGAGGAUAAUACUAAAGUUCGUGCUGAGAACAAGACCCUGAGUGAAAAGGUGUGGUCUUUAGAGACUUCUGAUAACUCCAAAUUGGCCGAGAUAAAUCAGUUAAAGACUUCCAACGAAGGCCUUCAAAACAACAUAGAUAGGGCCAACGAGAGGUACAAAGAGUUAAAUGGAUCUUAUGAUGAAAAGGUCACAGAGCUCGAACAUAUAAGAGACGAAAAGAAAGAACUACAAACUCAAAUCAAGACACUUAAUGAUAAAAUUCUGGAACUUGAACUAAAAUGCCAAGAGUAUCAAUCAAGUGAACUGAAUAGAAAAUCUGAACUUGAGCGGAACGCACAAGAGAUUUUAUUACUGAGAAAAAAUCAGGAAUGGCUGGAACAGGAAUUGACAAACAAAAACCAACACUUCAUGUUCUACAGGAAAAAGACUGAUCUAAUGGUUCAUGAUGCUGUUACAAAUGUUGAAAAGCUUAAAAGUGAUCUAAAGAUAGAGAAAUCUAGCAAGGAAAUUUUGUCAAAGAAAUUAGACGAGACCACCGAACAAUUACAAAAUAAUCUAAUUGAAAAUAAGGAUCUCAAAGACGUACUUGCUGUUGAAAAACAGGAGUUUGAUAAAGAGCUAUCGAUCAAGGACAAGCUAAUUAAACUAUAUGAGAAUCAGAUAAAAUCUCUGGAAUCGACUCUACAACAGAAGUUCAAGACCGCUGAGGCUAAUGAAGAAAAUAGUUCUGAAGUAGUAAAAUCACUCAAAGAAGAACUAUCUCUAGCAGAGAGAAAACUUCAAGAUAUGGAAGAGAAAUGUGUACGUUUAGAAUCCAUAUUAGAUCACGACUCCAAUGAUGUAUCAUUACAAACUAAAGGCAGAAAAAGAACAUAUUCCAAUGAUUCUAAUUCAAAUUCCUCAGAUGAACUCGGCUCUUUUGAUGAUUCCUCAAUUUCGUUAUCGAGAAUGCAAGGUGAUAUAAAAAUCUUGAAGAGGCAACUUGUUCAAGAAAAGAGACAAAAAGAAAAACUACAAAAUCAAGUCGAGUCUUUUGUUAUUGAACUCGAACAUAAGAUUCCAGUGAUAAAUUCUUUCCAAGAGAGAACAUCUGUUCUUGAAAAGGAGCUUACAGACACAGCUUUACUCCUUGAACACGCUACAAAGGAAAAUGAACUAAAAACUAAUGAGUUACAAUCUCUAAAGAAGAAAAUCUCCGAUGAUAACUCACAAUUAGAAAUCUUGCUAAGACAACGUACUGACUUAGCUCAUCAAUUACAAUAUCUGUUAAUAAAUAUCUCAAUUAUAAAUGAUAAUGACCAUUUACUCAAUGAAGAUGAGAUAAAAUUCAUAAAGAAUCUGGUAUCCAAUGAUAAUAUGGCAUCGACAAACGAUUCCCAAAAAGUAAUUUCUGAGCAUCUGAUAAAGUUUAAGGACAUUCAACAACUACAGGAAAAGAAUAUGGAACUGGUAAAAACCGUUAGAACAUUGGCUCAACAGCUAGAAGAAAAUGAAGAAAAGAAGAAAUCCACAUCCAAUAACACUGUCGAUGAGGAUAAUGAAAUAUUUGCUGAAGCCAAAGAAGCUAUCCUGACGCUAGAAAAAGUCAAUGAAAACUUAGAAAAGAACUUACAAAUUGUAACCAAAGAAAGGGAUGCUUUUAAGUUGUUAGUUUCCGAAGAUAGGGAGAGAAACUUUAAAUCCUCAAACUCAGUCCAUAAAUACCAUGAACUGAAGUCAUACAACGAAACAGUAGUUAAGGAUUUAGAGAAUAGAUUAACUCAACUAACAAAUGACUCGAACGCGCAUAGUAAGGCAUUAACUGAAGAAUUAAACCUAUUACAUAAAGAAAUAAGCCAAUUGAAUGUUCAAAUAGAAAAAUACAGAUCAGCCAAAUCCCUGGCGGAAGAAAGACUGAAGAUAACUCAAAACAGUAUGGAAUUACUUUCAAAGGAAAACGAGCAGUUGCGUAUUCGCUCUAGUAGAUUAGAGGAUAGUCUCCUCCAACAAGACAAAGAGACACAAAAGACCUUUUCCUCUUAUGUUGAAGCUAUAUCAAAGAACUCAUCACUCGAAACUUCAGUAAGAAAUUUGGAAACGGAGGUUACCUUACUGAAAGACCGUGAAAUCUCCUUGAAAUCUGAACUUUCUAAUACGACAGAAGAAAAAACAAAAUUGCGUAUAAUGGUUACUCAGUUACAAUCUUUACAAUCCGAAAGAGAAACUUUGCUUGAGAGAGUCCAAAGUGAUUUUAAAAAAAGGAUUUCAGAGGUUAACUACAUAAAUGAGAAACUUGACAAGCAGUUAAGCGAAAGAGUACAUGAAAUCGAUAAGAUUGAAAAGGAAAGAAAUGCGCAAUAUGAAUGGUACCAAAAGAAGAUUGAUGAAGCCUCUCAACAACAACAACAGAUUCAAGGGCAACUUCAAACAAAGAAUGAUGAGUUAGAACGUCUACAUCUACAAAAUAAAACACUUGAAAAAGAACUUGAAGGAGCUCAGAUUCGUAUACACACUUAUGAGACUAUAAACCAGAAUAACUCUGAAAAUCAGGAAGAAAAUGAUGUUAUUAAGGAACUAGAAAAGACCAAAAUUGAACUGGCAGACGCUUAUUCACAAUUAGAAGAAUUUAAGAAUUUAUCCCAGAACAGCGAAGAUGCUCUCAAAGAACUCAAUGCAUCUUUUAAUGCCAAAGAUAGGGACUAUAGAGACGCUAUCAAGACGCUAACUGAAGAAAAAACUGAAAUAGAAGGCCGCUUUGAGAUUUUAAAACAGCAACUUGAAAACAUAAAGAACGAGUUAACAGUUCAGUCAGAGGAGGCGGAAUCUGAACGCAAACGCCUAACUCAAACAAUUGCUGAAUUACAAGGGGCCGCCCAACCAAUUGAGGAAGUUAAAAAGAUGUUUGAAGAGAAGUUACAGAAGCUAGAAAAUGAUUUAGAGGAGCAAACUGUUUACGCGAACAAUGCGCAAAAGAAUUACGAACAGGAAUUACAGAGGCAUGCUGAUGUUUCAAAAACAAUUAGUGAAUUGAGGGAACAAAAUCAAAGACUGAAAAACGAUACAAAGAGUUUGACUGCCGAACUGCAAUCACUACAAGAUCAAAUGUCUCAAAAUGAGAAACAUCUCAAAUCAGAAAGAGAUGAAUACAGGAUUCAAAUUGAUCUUGCACAACAGCGUAUUGAUGAUAUCACUAAGCAAAAUCAAUUAUUAUAUAAUCAGAUUGAUUUACUGAACAGAGCUGAAUCUGUCAAUGAAAAUAGUUCAGAUGACGAGGCUAACGGCUCUACAGCCUUAGUUUUAUCCUUACGCAGAGAAAGGGAUAUAUUGGACACUAAAAUCAAUGUUAUUGAAACUGAAAAGAAUAGUCUACAACAGAAAUUAGAUGACAUACAGAAUGAGCUUGAAAAUACAAAGAGAAGUGCUGCUUUAUUAGAAAGCGAAUACAGUGAGCAUUCAGACCUCAUUAAUAAUUAUCAAACAAUAAGGGGUGACCUUGAGCAGUUGAACCUAUUAAGGGAGAGCAAUGUUACUUUAAGGAACGAACUAAAACAGGCACUAGAUGAAAAAGAUAAAAUAGCAAAAGACCUCCAAAUUUGUAGAAACGAGUUGUUACCAUUACAAUCUAAUUUAGAGAGUGCUAAUAAUUUGAUAAAAGAAAAGGAUUUGAAAAUUGCUUCAGCCAAUGAUGAAUCUCAACGUUGGAAGACCAGAUUGGAGGAAAUGAUUGAGAAACAUCAAAAAGUCAAUGUUGAUGACUACACUAAACUAGAAGAGACGCUUAAUGAGACGAAACAACUUCUAGACAAUAAGGUACAGGAGACCAACGAACUGAAUGAUCGUUUCAAUAGGCUAAAGAAACAGGCACAUGAAAAGUUAAAUACCUCCAAAGAGUUACAAAGUUCGUUACAGGAACAAAUAUCUAAUUUGAUAUCUGAGAAGGAUGAUAUUAGAAAACAGUUGGACGUUAAAACAGAGGAAAAUUCGGAACUAUUGUCCGAAUUGAACAACUUCAGAGAAAAACAAAACGAUCUAGAGACCUUGAGGGAGGAAUUGAAUAAAGAAAUAUCAAAGUCUGAAGAACUAGAAGUUAAACUUCAAAACGAGAUCGAAUCAUCAUCUUUAGCCUCUAGAAACACCAACAAGGAAAUCGAAGAGCUGCAAAAGGUCAUUGACGACCUAAAGACUCAGCUUGCUGCUAAUUCGACAGAUGCUGAUGAACAAACCAAUAGAAACGUCGAGGCCAUAAAGAGAGAAUUUGAGAAUCAAAAGACAAAGUUCAUCGCUGAAAAAACAGAAGAGUUUAAUAAGAGGCUAAUAGAAGAAACAGAAAAGAUUAGAAAUGAAUUUCAAGAAAAUGAAAAACCAGACACAGAACUAAAUGUUGAUGUCGAAGCACUAAGAAAACAAUGGGAAGAAGAUAGUGAAGAAUUGAUCCAAAAACGCAUUGCAGAAGCUGAAGAUAAUUUGAAGAAAAGAAUCAGAUUACCAUCUGAAGAAAAGAUCAAUAAGAUAAUCGAAAAGAGAAGAAGUGAACUUGAAUCGGAAUUCGACCAAAAAAUAAGGGAUAAAGCAAGGGACUUGCUAAUGAAUGACCAUAGUAACGAGUUUAAUAACGAACUGAAAGAAGCUCUAGAGAAGGAAUUAAAGGAGAGGUUUGAAGAUGAACUACAGGCUGCUAGAAAAAAGGCAUUUGAAGAGGGUAAGCAACAAGCAACAAUGAAGACCACCUUAUUGGAAAGGAAAAUACAGAAACUUGAAUCACAAAUUCAGGAGAAAGAGAAGGAUAGUGAAGAAACUCAGGAUGUUAAGCCAGAAGAAAACUCUACACCUUCAGUAAAAAAAAUACCUGAGACAUUGAAUUCAAGUGACACCAGCUUUGGAAACUCCAACAAUGUAAAAGUUUUAAAACCUAGCAGUCCAUUUGGGGCUACUUCGGCAUUUAACAACCCAUUCACGUUUAAUAACAAUGGUAAUCCACCUGCUUUUGCAAGUGCCUUUGCCCCAACAUUCAAGGAUCUAAUGUCUGGACAAGGUGGACAACAGAGUGAGUUAUCACAAAAUAAAAGAGUAGGCGAUGAUGACAUAGAGACCAAUGAACUAAAAAAAUCAAAAUCUGACAGUGAAUCGGAUCAAUCAUCCUAA